AUGGGAACUUUGCUGUCGGUGGCUAAGGCCGGAGGUGCGGACCAAGGAGCAGAUUGUAGAAUUGUUGGUGCUAGAGCAAUUCCUGACUGUGCUACCUGUGCAGAUCCAGAACUGGGUACAGAAGCGAUGUCCAGAAAAUGGAGAGGAGGCCGUGACACUGGUGGAAGAUUUUGAAAGAGAGCCUGGAAGACCUGGACAUUCGGAUUUCCAUUUCCUAAACCCAAUGUGGUAUCCAGGUUGGAUCAAGGAGAGCCAUGGAUCUCAGAUCUGCUUAGCUCCAAGGAGAAGGAUGUCCCAAAAGGCAACAGCACAGGAACCAGUCUAUUACCAUCCAAGAGAGAGAAAACCGCCUGGGUGGAACAGGGUCACUGGGUAUUUGAUGACGAGAAGGUGGUGGGUGUGCACUGGGGCUACAAAGAGACUAGAACACUCCUUGCAAUUCUCAGUCAGAAUGAAUUUUACAAAGCGCUCCGAAACUGUCACAGGAACAGCCAAGUGUAUGGGGCCGUAGCUGGGAGGCUUCGUGAGUAUGGUUUCCUCCGGACUCUGGAACAGUGUCGGACCAAGUUCAAAGGCCUUCAGAAAAGCUACAGGAAGGUCAAGAGUGGUCAUCCACCCGACACCUGCCCCUUCUUUGAAGAGAUGGAAGCCCUGAUGAGUGCCCAGGUCAUUUCAUUGCCCAUUAAUGGUCUGGAAGAGGCAGCCUCCCAUUCUGCCCAGGCAGGCAGUGAUGCUGAGACGGAGAAGCCAGGGCAGAGGGACUGGCAGCAUGAAGAUGGAGAGGAGGCUAUAACUGAAAGGUCAGACAGUGAUGACCCGGAGGCAGCCCCCCAGGACCCUGGCAACCCACCCGCAUCUGUCCUGUUCCGAAGCCCAAGUGGUAAGAAGCUUUUCAUGGGCUUUGGGAUUAGGUUUGAGGAGCAAUGAAACGAUGUGGAACCACUUACCAGCUUGGUCAUUUUAAUAGGAAACAAGGUAUUUCUCAACACUGUACUAUAUUCUCUUC